AUGGAUACUAGCGCACAGGAACAACAAAAUUUGGAAGGAACCAUAAAAACCGAACAAAAAGAAAAAAUCAAAACUGAGCAACAAACACACUGUUUGUGUGGAAGUAGUGAUGAGUCAUCAUUCAUGAUAUGCUGCGAUCAUUGUGGUGUCUGGUAUCAUGGAGCAUGCCUGCAAGUUACUCGCACCCAGGCAAAUCGUAUCGAGACAUACGCGUGCCCUCCUUGCAUUAGCAAAGACAACAGUUUAAAAAUCGUAUACCGCGCUCCCAAGAGGGAACGAGAAAAGAGCGUCCAUCACGAGAAGCAAUGCAAAUCAAAAGGGGCUAGAAACGACAUCAAAACUCAAAAUGUGCUGAGACGUUCUUCAAAAGAUAACCAUGAGGAAAACAAGCCUGAGCAAGGUUGCAACAACUGCAUUAACUGUUUUCGAUCAGCAAACUGUGGUAAAUGUGCAAAUUGUAAUACUUCUGUGGAACCAUGCUUGAAGCGCAUUUGCUUGCAGUCAGAAUGGUGGAAUAAACAUAAGAAAAGACAACAACAGUUUAAAGUUGCUGGCAGAGAAGAAGGUGAUUAUUAA